UGAUGUGGUGAGCAACUAAACGAAGAUGGACAUUAGGGAGGUAGCUGCUCCACUCAGUCAGAAACGUAUAUUAUUAAUUCUUAUUCCCAAGUAAGCAUACAAAAUUUAAAUUUUAUUAUAAAUGUUGUUAUUUAUUUUUUAUUAUUGUGAAAAAUGUUUGGUUGGCAAAGUAAACCAUAAUUUGUAAAUAAUAAAUAACAAUAUAUCGUCACCGAAACUAUAGAGUAAUAUAAAUUAAAAAUUGUGUUUCUAGUUCAAUUCUCAAUAUGCCCACCGGAAUAGGAACACUGUAACAAAUAAAUGGUCUGCGACUGUGAAUAACGUGCACACCACAAUUUCCAAAUACCAAUUUUGGCAUUCUUCUUUAAAAAAAAUUGAAGGAAAACAUGGGACUGCUAUUGUAGCAUACUUUUUAUUGUUAAAGUGGAUGUUUUUCCUUAAUUUAAUUACAUUUGUAACCAUAUUUUUUAUGAUAACCGUUCCCACAGUGGUUUUGAAGGACACUGGGGAUUGUGGGGAAAAUGAGACAAUUGUCGACAAUGAAUCGGUAACCAAUAAUUUUCAUUUCGCCGAUUUGUUUCAAGGCACUGGCAUAAUGGAAGACACCGCACUGUUUUAUGGUUUUUAUCCAAAUAGAAUUUUCUGUUUCUGGUCAGGCUCGAACAAAAUGUAUUAUAAUUUGCCCAUGGUUUACUUAAGUAUAAUGAUAUUAUACUUUUUGCUCUCAUGGGUCAGCAUAGUCCGGUCAGCUGUAAAAGGAUAUCAAGAGGGAUUGGCGUAUAAAGAAGAUUUAUUCUAUCAACUUGGCAGUCUGAUAUUUGCUGGAUGGGAAUUUUCAAUUCAAAAAGAAAACUCGGCGAAAAUUAAACAUCGAACAUUGUUAAAUGAAAUCAAGGCAACUCUCAAAUCCGCCGAUGAGAUACAUGAAAAUAAAAAAAUGUCUAGAAUAUACAUUAUUAGAACGUGUUCAACGAUAAUUACAAUUAUAAUAUUAGGCUUAAGUGGAGCUGCAAUCUAUUACACUUUUGAUUAUUCAACACGAGAACUUAAAUCAAAUUCAGAAGGUUUUUUAAGUUUCAUUUUUCAAUUUCUACCAUCGCUUUGUAUAGUAUGUUUAAAUAUGAUUGUGCCGUUAAUUUUUAAGAAAAUCGUUCAAUUUGAAGGGUAUAAAUCACAAAACGAAUUAAAUAUUACUUUGUACCGCACAAUAGGUUUACGUUUGGCCUCCCUUGUUGUCUUAUAUUACUCUAUGUAUGACCAAAUACAAAAUAAUCAGAAUAUAGAUUGUUGGGAAACUUUCGUGGGCCAACAAAUUUAUAAAUUACUUCUUACAGACUUCCUUACACAUUUGUUUUUAACUUUUUUUGUAAACUUCCCACGAUCUUUGUUGGGUCAACAUUGUAAUAGUAACAAUAAAAUUGUAACCAUUUUAACUCAACAAAAUUUUGAACUUAACAAACAUGUACUUGAUGUUGUUUAUUCACAAACGCUUUGUUGGUUUGGUUUCUUUUAUGCACCCCUUCUAUCCGCAAUGGCAUCUAUAGUUUUCUUUUUACUUUUUUACAUUAAAAAGUUCAAUUGUUUAGUGAACACCAUUCCCAAUGCCGUUUUGUAUCGGGCAUCUAGAUCAAACUCAAUCUUCAUGUUUGUACUGUUAAUAUCAUUUUUGUUUGCCUUUCUGCCCUUCACAUUGUCAAUUGCAGAUAUAACACCAUCAACAACUUGCGGUCCAUUCCGAGGCCAAAAUAAAAUUUGGGAUUUAGUAACAGACUUAAUAAGUACAAGCCCAAAUUGGUUUCAGGAUAUCAGUUACUUUGUGACAACUGCGGCAUUUGCAAUUCCCGUGUUCUUAAUAUUAUGUUUGGCUUUAUACUAUUAUACUGCAGUGAACGCCGCCAAUAAGCACAUGGUUAGUUAUCUGAAACAUCAGUUGCUUCGUGAGAGUCGUCUCAGACAAAGAAAAGACAAAAGAAAUUAUUGAAUCUAUAUGUAACUUUUGUUCACUGAUAUGAUUAUUUUUAUGAAGUGAAUUUAUUUAAUCUAGUGUAUAGUUGGUAAACAUUUGUGAUGAUUUUGAUGAAAAUUUUAA